AUGGUGCCUCAGAACUACCUGCCCGUGACCUUCGUCAUCCUGGCUGUGGGCCUCUGUGCUGAGGUACAUGCUGGCCGCAGUGUGCCAGCAAGCCUACCGGACCACGAGGCCGCUGAAUGCUCAAAGUCGUCAGUGGCCACCAUGCAUGGCGAAUUCAGUACCCUGACCACGCCUCGACUUGCUACGACCUCCUCUACGACGAUGCGGCCACCUCCUGAUGAACGAGCUGGAGACUUCGAUCCUCGAGUCCUUGACGACGGUCGGCGAGUGCUGUACCACUCGGACCUCCCCCCUUACACGAUUCAGCAGUACCACAAGCCUUGUCCCUCCACAGGUGAGCCGAGACCUACCACAAGUUGUCGAAGAUGCGAGACACCGCAUGGGGACCAACUGGUGGAGGAUCCACGUGACCCUGCGAGCACGGACCCCGACCUGGAUUCGGUGAACCUCCUUUCCACGUACAUGUACAUCUGGGUUUGUGCAGGGCCGACGGGGAAGGCCUUCGACUAUGAAUGGAACGAAGGGGACGAGCCGGCCUGGUUUGAGGAUGUCAUUGACAGGGUUGGGCUGGACAUUGACCGGGGGAUGGAGGCCGCCGAAGCCUCCAGAGCUAUUCAACGAGCCUUUACAGCGGUGCGAGAUGACCGGUUUCUCCGCGAGAAUGAGGGCGUUCUGAACUCCAUUCACAGGGCGAUUGCACACUACAGACCUAUCACGGGUGAUGCGGUGAUCAAUGGUAUGGGUCACCCAACGGAUGCGGAGGUGCGAGGGCGAAUGGACUGGGUGGUGGACCAACUCAUGCGGGCCUGGUACCAGCGACUUUGCCCCGUGGCCUACCGAAACAUGGAGCACGAGAAUGCCUUGCUUGCGAUGGGAUGGGAUGUGUACCAGGUCAUUGCGGUGGAAGGCCACUACGAUGAGGAAGACAGGGAGCGUGCAGGCUUAUCCCGCUCUCGGUCCCCUCACCGCCGGCCUCGCAUGCGCAUGGGAGCUGCACGCCAGGGCCCCCAGGCCGUGGCACCAGACACGCGGGAAGGGGAUGAGUCCGGCCUUUUCCAAGAUCAUCUCGGUGGGUGGCAGAUGCGCUGGGAACAGUUAGUGGAGGCAUUCUGGUGUUGGUUUGAGGAGGGAAGGGCUGUUGGCAUGGCAAUCUGUAUGGCUCGUAACUUCAUGUACAUCAGGGGGAACAACUUGUAUGUCGAGUGGUGCAGUCAGGUUCUCCAAAAUCUUGGGGCUGCUAUUCCGAACAGAGCAGGCAGCAUGUCUGACACCUCGCCUGUGGACUUCUACGAGUGGGCGAGGGAGAUUGAGGACUUGCUCUUCCGCCGGUACGAGACCACGGUUGUGAAUGAGGCCACGGACACCCAGCCAGCCUCUGCCUCAGAAGCCAAUGUGUCGGGACAAGGAGGAGACGCGGUGGUCUUGAUGGAGGAUCGAUACAGCCAUGGACGGCGUCGUAUUCGAGAUAGCCAUAUCCGCUUCGCCGUCAACGCUGGCUUGCACAAGCACACGGCUCCGCAAGGGCUGCUGGCACCGGCGCGUGCCAAAAUGUGCGCCAAGAGGGCUCUGGGCACCAUGCUUCCUGACCUUUCUCAACCGAUGUCCAGAGACACUGCGGCCAGUGUCUGGCGCCACCUCUUGUUCGACAGGGAGCACUUCGGCCCACAGCUGUCACCGAAUGGCAGGGUUGCAGACAGCUUCUUGCCACCCUCCAUGUUGCAAGAGGUCAGUGCAGUUCAUGAGUCGAUGUCACCACAGAACAGAGUUAUCAGCACGCUGGCCCUGGUGACGGUGAUCCGCUAUCUCAUGGCGGAGCUUUCCAUGACAGUGAACACUGCGGAUGCCAUAGUUGAGGACGAUGACCACUUGCUUAUGCAACAAUUUCUUCUCACAGAUGGUCGCGACACUAUGGAGAAAAGGUGGGGCAGGGCGAUGCAGCGGAUGCACAAGGAGUUGCUGGGAAUGGACAAGGGUGUUCGGCUCUCCACCAUCCGGCGUUUCCGCCUGGGACUGCCACCUACCUCGCUACAUGGACAAGCAGGGCAAUGGAGAGAACAACUGGAUGCACUUCUGGUGGCGCUUGCAGAUGGGGAGGCAAUGGGGCCGGUCUGUGAUGCCAACACAGACUGGGUCCGACAGUGGGUGAACGAGAUCUCCGUGUUCGUUCCCGGGUACCAGUUCACUCCGUAUGCCAUUGACCUGGACACACAAAGCAGUGCAGCAGCCGCCUUGGACAGGGACUUCGACAGGCUGUUGGAAGAUGAGGCAAGCCACAGGUCGUGGAAAUGCCGACAAGAAGCCGAGGAAGCUGAGGAGGAGGCCCGGCAGGCUGCACAUUAUAGGCUGCAGGAAGAAGAGGCCUUGGCUUUACAGGCGGACGCCAUGGCCUAUCGGGAGUGGGAACAUGACGUCCUUCACCGCACUCUCCGACAGCAACGAUUGCCCCCUCCGAAACGACGGUGCAUCUUGACGGUAGAGGCUGCCACGAGCUCUGGGGACGUCCCGAAGGUCGCACACACGCUGGCAUUGGAUGUUCCCCUGUCCGGGGACCCGGUGGUACUGACUAUUCGGGCUAGCAUGGAGCCGGAGCCAGAGGAGGUGUCCACACAAAGGGUGGACAGUCCAGAUGGGGCACUCCUGGACCGCCCCAACCUGAGCCCUGUCACUGAGCCGGCGACUACUCAACCUGCACACACUUUGGACAUCCCAGCAGACAUGGAGUUCCACCAAUAUGAGGAAAUCUACCAAGCUUGGCGGGAAGACCGAUUGUCGCUGGAGGACGUUCGCAGUAAAUAUGGCAAUGAUGUCGCGGAGCUGGUUGUGGCACAAGCGGUGGUCUCGCGAGCAGAGGAUGACUCUCUCGAAAGGCUUGCAGGGAAAGGCAUGGCACCUGACACCGGACCUGCAGAAUCGCACUCGGGAGCCAGUGGAUCAGGGGACAUGGCUGCGACUCGGUCUCCUUUGGUCGAGCCUGGUGCACCGCGUCCUCCCUUUGGUCUGUUCGAAAAUAUAUAUGGGCAAUGGCGUGAUGGUCUGAGAACCGACCAGGAGAUCUUGGACCAGUUUGGGGCCACGUGGUUGGGAUGCUUCAGGCAGUGGCGAGUCUGGGGUCUGGAUGCUAUCUACCACAAACUGAGCGGCUUUCUGGAGAUGAACAAUGGUGGCCAGGGUGAGUCGGUGUGCCCACCUGUCUCGCAUAAGGCUGGCGAUGUUCCCACCAAAGUCCUGUUCUCGGUGGUACGUGUGGUAUAUGCUCGCUGGAGGGAUGCUCUGAUCGGAGACGGGACCAUCCUGGAGAUCUAUGGACCUGUAUGGUUGCAGCUUUUUCGGGACCUACACGAGAAUGGUUUGGAUGCGAUGCGAGCCAAGCUGGACUACUACGUGGAAUGGGAUGAGACAUCGAUGGAGCCAGUCCUGACCGGCCCUGUGGAGUGGGUGCUUCCCAGAUGGUUGCAGCUUGACGGCUACAAAGCUGUCCCACUUGGACUGAAGGCCAAGGAAUGGGAGAAGCAGGCGCAGCGAAACGAGCGGGUUUGCGGUUUCCGGGCGCCCACCGGCGUUGCCACGCUUUACCGCAGCUCUCGCUUUGAGGAGGCGGCACCGGCCAAAAGUGGUUCGGGUUCCGGACUUCUUGUCUUCCUACGCGGCGUGGAGCCGCUUCCGGGUGGAGGCGAGGGUGUGCUGGAACUGGCCAUAGGCAACUUGCAUUUGGUGGGAGAUCCUGACAAGUCUUCCGAGCACUUGAAGGCUUUGAACAGCCUGAAGAAGAACUUUGGCAAGCAGGACUUGCGGAUCGUCUGCGGCGAUUUUAACUCCGAGUGCGAGCCCACAGCAGAAGUUGGUAAGUGGUUCGCGGAGGAGGGUCUCCAGGAGGUUCCAACAGGCAGCUCUUGGGCAGAGCCAGGUCGCAGUCUUCGCCUGGACCACAUCUUCUGCAGUGGGCGGAUUCAGGCCUUCGCAUGCACCGGAGACCUGUCAGAGGAGGAGGUGGUCGGCGGCUUGCCCUGCGCCUCCCAACCCUCGGACCACAGCCCAGUGGGUGCGUUGCUGGGCGCCACCGUGAAGACGAAAUGCCCCUGGUGA